UGGCACUAAACAGGCAGGAACAUCGAUCACUACAGGUACCCGUUGGCAAUUGUGGUUGUGAAUAAUGGUACCUGCGCUAGUGUAUAGGUAGUCGAAUUUGGAUGAAGAGUUGACACGCUGUUUGGGUAGCGGCUCAUUCUGGAGCGGAAUAGCCCUUUGAAGCAAGCAUGCAAAAUGGUUUGUGUGACAUAGUUUGGGUUUGAGGACAGGAUGUCGUCAUGCGUCCAAACUGGAACUUUUCGCUUUGAUUCUCUCAGUGUCAUGGCUACCGUAAGCUAUUUCCUCUCGAGGUGUUGUUUUCAUUUUCAAGUUGUGGAAGAUGCCAAAGAGAAGCAGAUAUGGAGCUCAAUGUGGCGUGUCGUGGCAGCUGGUCAUAGAUCUUCGCAUAGAUCUUUAUUUCUUAACAAAAAUACAUCCUCGCCUUCUGUUGGUUGCCAUUUUUAAACAUUCCGACAAUACACAAGAUAGGUGUAACAAGUCAAAGAAAGUAACCCUUUCGUUGAAAAAUGUUGCCAUUAAGUUUAAAAAAAGACGAAAUUAAGGACGAAAAAAUGAUGACGAUUGACGCUAGUUGCCAGUCCCCACACCAAAUUUAUAGUCGCAGGGAAGCCUGGAGGAUUUUGCCGGGUAUUCGUAAGUGCGAUUCGAUGCAGUAUGACGGUGAAGCUAAGUUAACGUGUUCAAGGUAGUCAGCAACAAACAUCUCCUGGUGAACAUGAGCAAUUUAUCGCCUCAGUUUAAACGGGCUGAACUUUUAAAAGGUGGCGGAGUGGACAAAGAGUACCUUCUGCACAAUUUCGUAGAAGCGAAGCAGAAGGUAAACGCUAAUUUCAGAGACUUCAAGAAGUAUCUUGAAGACUGUCACGAAUUCUUAGCUGAUUUCAGAAAAGCUGAUGAAAAUGAACAAGACAUCAAGAAAUUCUCAAGCAAGGUAAGAUUGUAUGUCGCGUUCAAGCUCCAUGAUAUUGGUGAGAAUUUUUAAGUUAAAUCAGCGUUGUUUUUUAAUGUUUUUUUUUCAAUUUAUUUUGCUAUUACUUCAAAGCUACGCUGCACUAUCACAGUCAACUUUUUGAUGUAGUAAUUCUUAUUAAGUCAGAACUGAUUACUGCAUUUCUCUUACAUAGGUGUCAGGCUAUCUGGCUCAGGUUUCACGCAUCUCAGAGGUGCUAUCAAGGGACCAGAUAAAGAUGGCCUUCUUUGGAAGAACCAGCAACGGAAAGAGCACUACAAUAAAUGCCAUGCUACAAGAUAAGAUCUUACCAACAGGGUUGGGCCAUACUACAAAUUGUUUUCUCAGUGUACAUGGUUCAGAUUUACCAGAUCCAUAUAUCUUGGUUCCAGGGAGUGAUGACAAGAGGAGUGUGAAGGUAUGUCCUUCUAAAAAGUAUUGUAAGUUUCUCCUUUGUUAUAAUUACAAGUACCACAUUUUCUCAAUUGAAAAUUGUUACAAUUCUCUCUCCUAAUAAUUAUAUGUACCACAUUUUCUUGAUUGAGCAACCAGUGCAUUUAUUUCAAACUUGGCCUGGUAAACCUGGUGUUUAUAAGUAUCAGGACAGGGUAUUAGUCUUGGAUUGGUGUAUCAACUUUUUUUAAUAUCCAUAUUUUAAGACUGAUGGGUAGUCAAUGAGAAAACAUGAUUUUUCUCUGUCAAACUGUCACCUAGUCUUAACAAGGAUAUAUAUUUUUCUUACAAACAUUUUAUGUUUAAAAUAUGAUUUACAGUUAAUAAAUUGUUUUUAAUUUUUAUAGCCUAACAGCAGAUAAAGGCCUUAACCUCGAUCAAUUACCCCUACUGUUUAAUUCUAAACUAGCAGUUUUUCUCCGGUGUUUACAUGUUUUUAACAAUUAAUUUCGGUUUUACAUUUCAUUCAGAAAAUAUCACUGGUACUUAAAUUAUCUAAAAGCAGAAAAAUCUUCAUGAAUAGAUUAAAUAGUACUCCAAUUGACAUAUGCACUGUCUUAGUUAAUGAAUAGUUAGUAACUAUGAUAAUUACAUAUUUUUCUUUUUGUUAUCAAAACAGUCAUUAGAUGAACUUGCCGAUGCCUUGUCCAAAGAAAAGCUUGAUCCUAGCAGUCUUGUUCAAGUGGUUUGGCCAAAGUCCAGGUUUGAUUUUGUUUUGUAACUAUUGUAUCAUUCACAUGUACUCACAGGUAACUGUUGUCCUGUCAAUCAAAGUGCAUUUACCAUUCAACCUUGCAAACUUUAUUCAUUGGUUUUAAAGGUAGAAUGUUGUGCCCUUUGUUCAGGUUUAUUCCAAAGAGAUUAAGUUUAUCGAAACUUUUUGGCUUCAAAUUAAUUCUGUUAUUAUGCAUUAGACUUAUGAGAGAUCUGAUUGGGCAAGAACAUUCUAUCACUAUACAAGAGCAGAGGAAGUUGACAUAAUAACCCAGUAUCUGCAGCAGACAUUGCAUCUAUUAUUUGGAGUUAAAAGUCUGCCUAGUGUCUAAGCCCUUACUCCAUGAAGUGUUCUCAAACUUUUGCAGACCUAGAGAGAUGUGUCUUCUUUUCCAGAUUUUUUUUUUAAAUUUGUAAUGAAACAAUUACUGAAUUAAUUCAUUUGAUAUCAUAAAUUAUUAAGUAUCAUGCCUUUGUAAUCUGCCUCAGCCUUCAGUUUUGGUAGAUGACUCAGACCUUGGUUUUGAUAAUUCAAGUUAUCAUGCUCAACUUCCUCCAGUAAUUGUUUAAUGAACAUAUAAAGUAAAGUAUAAAGCUGUGUCAUUGAUUUUUCAAUGAGUGUCUUAUAAACAAAGGAAAUGUACUUGUAGUGUUGAAAAGCUCUUGGAUAGGCUGCCUCUUGUUUCUUAAAAAUAUAUAAAAAACUUCCUAAACACAGUUCACAUGUUCUAGAUAAUGCAUUUCACAUUAGAUCAGAGGGUUUGUAUAAAUAAAGUUUUACCUGUACAUUGUUAUCACUUGUGAUAGUUUCAUUUUUGUUAAAACUGUAUUUUUUUUUUUAACCUCAGAUGUAAAAUCUUGUCAGGGGAUGUUGUGUUGGUGGAUAGGUAAGCAAAUUAAAAUGGAUAAAAUGUACUGUAUAACUAACCUUUUCACCCCUCAAUUAUGCAUUUAGAUCCCAAGAAUAAAAGAAAUUAUCAUCAGCUAUAGAAGCUCUUGACUGUCAGGCAAAUUGUCUUUGUCUGCACCUAAGGGAAUGUAAAGAGGACAGUAUAGAGAAUGUGCAUACUAAUGUUAGGGUGUGAAGGUUUAAGAAAAACAAAGAGACAAAAAAACAAGAAAGCAAUUAAAACAACAGGUUAAUGAGGCAUUGCUCUAUUGUGACAUAUCUUGUGUCUUCUACACCUAGAAGAAGCCUAAAAAUGCCAUGUAAUUAGUCACAGAAAAUUGUUAUUUUAGUCCUGGUACAGAUGUAAGCCCUGAUUAUGAUGGUUGGAUUGAUAAGCACUGUUUGGAUGCUGAUGUGUUUGUCCUGGUUGCUAAUGCUGAAUCAGCACUCACGGUUACGGUAUGUUCAUGGCCAUUCAUGUGCUAUGUGUAAAUUUAAGAUACAACACAUACAAAAUUUAAAUUUGAUGGAACUUUUUUCAAAAUUUCAGUUGCUUUAAAAUGUGACUUGUUACAGGUCCAUUGUGGUAGCAUUCGUAGAUUUAACCUUCCUAUGCUUGUGGGACAGUUUCUCAAUUGGUACCCUUGUCAUUUGCAGGAGAAAAAAUUUUUUCACAAAGUGAAUCAGCAUCUUUCAAGACCAAACAUCUUCAUUGUACAUAACAGAUGGGACGCAUCUGCAUCAGAACCAGACAAGAUGGAGCUGGUUAGUAAGCACCUAUUUGUCCUUGAUACCCAAUCAAAUUUGAAAUCAAAAGAUGUCAAAAACUGAAUCAAAACACAACAUGGAGUUGCCUUUCAUUUUAGAUGCUCUCUUCAAAGGAAAUUGUUGCUGGAAAAAAAUUGCUGAUGAUUCAUAGUGGGGGGGGGGAGAGAGGAAGGAGGGGGGGGGCUUAGUUAGAGGGGAAGGAUUAAGGUAUAAUGAUGGGUGGGAUAACAAGCCAUUUAUCCCACCUCCCCACCUCCCCCUGGAAAACAACCUGUCUCCCCCCUCCCCCUCCCCCCUAACUAUCAGAUGAUGGUGGUAAAGUGUGAUUUUUUUUAAAUUUUUUUUUUCCUGUUUCCUUAAGGUGAAAAAUCAGCAUCUCAGUAGAAGCAUCAGUUUUCUUGUUGAUGAGCUCAAGUGUGUAGACAAAGGAAAGGCAGAAGACAGAGUGUUUUUUGUCUCAGCUAAAGAGGUAAGCUGCGGGUUAUUUUAUAUCGCAGUUUACAAGGACCAAUUGCAAAUAACUUUGAAAAAGUCUUCAAAUUUUUGCUACUGCUAUGCAAAGAGAAAUAUAAAACAGGACACACCUCUUAAUUAAUUUAUUUAUUUGAACCCCACUUUCUUUUCAUGUUUCUGUUUUACCUAGACCUUAAUGACCAGAAUGCAGAAACACCAAGGAAUGCCUCAAGGAGGUUUGUGGCUGAUCAAAAUGUGCAUUCUCUUGAAACAGCAUGAAUUGUUAACAAGUAAGAUUUUUAUAUUGAUUCAACUAACUAGCAUUGCCUUGUUGUUUUUCAGGUGGUGCCAUUUAUGAUGAAGGAUUUUUUGCUCGGCAGUUGGAGUUUGAGAACUUCGAACACAAACUGGAGGUAUUUUAGCAACUGCUC